AUGACGUCUUCUGAGCCUAAUCCAGCGGAGAAUCACCCUCAGGAGGAGCAGGUCCAGUCGAAUCAAACACAAAAUGAAUUUGUCAGUUAUGUAAAAGCAUUUUGUUCGGCAAUCUCUCCUUCACUUGAAGAUUUGAUUCAAAAUCACGAAGAUCUUUCUGAAAUUACCCAAAAGCUCCAAAAUCUUCUCGAAUCAUCCAAAGAGUCACCGAUUCAAUACGAAGCAUCAAAGGCAAUCGAAACAGCUUUACGUCAUAUAAUUUCUUCAAUCACAGAAGCGAAGGAAAAUCAAUCUGUUGCAGAAUUAUCAUCAAUGCUUGCACAGCAUCCAUCGGAUGUUAAUAUCGAGCGCCUUAAAUUAAUUGAACUUCAACGAGAAAAUAAAAAUUUAAAGAAUUUAAACACUCAGAAAGUCCAAGAGGUCAAACUCGCUCACCAAGAGACAGAUAUUGCAAACGAAAAGUGCGUUGCACUCUCACAUGAAAAAGAAGACUUGGAAAACAAACAUAUGCUUGAAAUUACAAAUUUGAAAGCCAAAAUCUCAUCUCUCGAAGAACAGCUUGCCGGACAAACAGAUAAAGAUCAUCAGAUGACAGAUUCUGUUGCUUCAAUACAAAAGAGACUUCGUGAAACUGAAGCUCAAACGGAAAGCAUCAGAAAACAAUACGACGAAGCCAUGAAUCGCUUAAAGAUGAAGAAUGAUUACAUCAACAAGCUCCAGGCUAAAAUACAACUCAGUAAAAGCGAAUAUGAGCAAUUAAAGAUCGAAAAAUCAGAAUCAGAAAUGUCUCUUUCUCAGCAAAUCAAGUUACAAUCGAUGGAUUCUGAAUCUAAGACUAAAAACAUCAUCGCAAAGCUUACAAACCACAUUCAUGAGCAAGAUAAGCAAAUUGCUCAGAUUGUUGAGGCCAACCAUAACGCGGCUCUCAUCAUUGAACGCCAGAAUCAACUAAUCGAUGAAUACGAUGCCCAAGCUUCUUCUUUCCAAAUGAAUAUCAACGAAGCAGAAGGAGAAAUCGAAAACCUUCAACAAGAACUCGAAGAAGCUCAUUCCAAUAAAGAUGAAGCACAGAACAUUUUGGAUACAAGAACAGAGGAAUUGGCCCGAUUAAGAAAUAUCGUUUCAAGAUGCUUAGAAGCAGUACUUCCUAAGUACCAUGUUACUGAAGCAGAGCUUCCUGAUGUCGUUCGUAACCUCGCUUCAACAAGAAUUGACCCAGAAACUGCUAAAAACUUACAAGAUUUGACAGCUUUGGUUGAUUCUCUUAGCCGCUUCACAACAGAGCUUAUUAGAAACAACCAUGCUGAUAUUAAGCUCCUUCAGGACAUCCAACGUCCUGUUUUGACUGAUUCUACACUUAGAUUAGAUAUUCUUAACGAAAUUGCAGAAGUUAAGCAACUUCUUAAGGAUAUUUGCUAUUCAUCAGCUGAAGAAGACUCACUUUGUGCAUAUAUCGCUGGAUUUACUGAUAAAUACGAAAUGAAAUCUACAACAGAAGCUGGAUCUGGAGCAGUUCUUGCAGCAAUCUGCACAAAGCUCAGGGAAUUCACCAAAUACGAGAUUGACGAGCUCAAGAAGGUCAAAUUAGUUCUUCCAUUUGUUUGCACCGACAAAGAACUUCCAACUGCAGUAUCCCAGUAUCUGCUUGAACUCCAACCGGUCUUCAAACAGCUUUUGGACGUAAUUUCCAAGACAUUGAAUUUCCAUGGCACAACAACCGAUAUUUUCCAGUGCCUCUGCAAAUAUAUCGAAGAAACAAGUAACAUGAUCAACGACCUCGAUAAAUACGUCCGACCACUUAUCGGAUAUUCCGGCAAAAUUACAGGUCUUCCACCAGUUGUUUCCCAAGCUUUGACAGAAUUGAGAGAAGACUUGAAUCUCCAUAGGAAUGGCGUUUCCAAAGAGAUCAUGAACUCAAAGAUUGAAACAGAAAAAGAGAAAGCGAACUGGAAGAGGCAAGUCAAAGAAUUACAAGAUCAAGUCGAUAACUCUGGCCAUGUUAUCAACGAUUUACAGAAGCAAAUCGCUGAACUUCAGAAUAAGAUAAAGAAUUCCGAAAUCGCCAACAACGACCAACAAACCAAGUCUAAAGAACUCACAAGGGAGCUUGACAGCCAAAAGGAGACUAACAAGACCUUAACAGCUGCAAAAGAACAGCUAAUUCAAGAAAGAGAACAAUUAGAGCAAACAAUGAAAGAAAGACAAGACAAAUACGAGACGAGAUUGAACAAUGUCUUGGAUCACCAAAGGAAACUCAAUGAAGAAGAAAAGGCUAGGCUUGAAAAGAGAUUUAAAGAUGAAAUCAAUGCUUUGACCAACGAAUUAACAGUUUCACGAGGAAAACUGAAGAAGGAACAAGCCAAAGUCAGAAGAAUCACAGAUCUUUAUAACGAGUUACAAGAAACAAGAUCAACAGAAAAGAACCAAAACGAAGCCGAAAAAUCCACAUUGAUCAUGGCCGUUUCCGACAGCGAUAAACAACAGAAGAGAUUGAAGAAUUUACAGGCCAAGCUUGAAGAAGAGAAGCAGAAGAACCAAGAACUAACACAAGAGCUCAGGAAAUACACGACAACAACAAGAAGUAUCUCUUUGACAUCGAGUUCUCCUGUUAGACAAACAUCCAUUUCUCCUGUCAAACAAACUUCACCUUCCAAACCUGUUACAAGGGAUUUGAACAACUCUGUUUCAUUGCAGAUGUCUCCAUCCAAACAGACAGAGAUGAGCCAAGUUACACAGCUCAGCCAGACAGCAAUAAACAGACAGAAACACGAGGUUGAAGUGUUUGUUGGGGAGUUGGGAGAAAUGCUGAAUUCUUUCAUCGGAAAAGAAAUCAGAUGGAACAAACAAAGAGUUAUUAAAACUGUUGAUGCUUUGAUACAGAAAGUAGAACAGAAUGACAACGAAAGCAACCAGAUCAAGAACUCUAGAUCUAUACAGAUGUCGAGAGAAUGGUCUGAAUGGGCUGACCAAGUUUUGCAGAAGAAAUCUCCUGGUUACAAAUCAGGAAUUACUGACAACGAAAUGAGAAUUAGAUUAAAUGAUAUCUUGGCACUCGUUUCUCCAAGAUCUAUCUCAGUUGUUGAGUCACUCCGCGCUCAGAAGGAAAUCCUCAUCCAGCAGCAGAAACAACAAGAAAAUCCUCAAAAAGAAAAUUCUCAAAAAGAGGAAGUAAAAGUGUCAGAGGAAGUAAAAGAAAAAGUGACAGAUGUAAUCAAAGAAGAGAUUAAAGAUUUCAUUGACGGAAAUGAGGAAGAAGAAGUAAAGGAGAGAGAUAUCAAAGAUAACGAAGAGAAGAAACCUGAUGAAGAAAAGAAAUCAAAUCAAACAACUCUUUCAAGAAUUGUUAAAGUAUUGUUGUUCAUCGCUGCUGCAUCAAAGAAGCCACAGAAGCUUGUAGUCGCUAAGCAACAACCAGGAACUAAUACUACAAUCAUAUCUAUUCUGUAA